AUCCCAAGCGCACACGGUGUCUUGGGCAUGCACACGUACUUGUACCGAGCCGCACACACACCAUGAUGCGAUGCACGCCAAACACCCCCCCCUCCUCAGGCAUGUACGUGAAUAAAGUGCUCAGCCGCACCGCACACUCUUAUAUUUUGGAAAAACGAUGCUCGAGUGCGCAUCCAUCCAUCCGUCAGCCGAGACGCAGAAUGCCUGCACAUCCAACACACCAACCACACAAGGGCUCGGUGUCCAGCCCCCCUUUUUGUUUGCCAUCUCUCUCUCUCACCGGCCGCCGCUAGUUUUGAUAUGGCAGCUCGCACUUGGGGAUCCUUCAUUGCCCUGCACACAGACACACAGACAGCCACACACAAGGCAGAGAGACUCCCACAAAGCAAAGCACCCAGCCCGUGUGUGCGUGUGGCGAUGGUGGUCGCUCACUCUGCAGCGUGUUUGGGGUCUUCACUCAUGGACUUGAUGAUGAGCUGCAUCUGUGGGUCGCCGAGGAUGCGCUGUAUCUCGGGGUCCGCCAUGGCGUGGGCCACCUGCUCCUGGUCGACCUCACCGCUUGUGGCAGUCUCCUGAACCUUCAUCAACACCUGGAGAGGACACAUACACACACGCGCACACAGAGGGAGAGAGAGAGGGAGAGACGCCAUGUGUGUCUGUUUGGCCCGUCUGUUGCUGUCUUGGUGGUGUCUGACUUGUUCCAUGCCCUUGCGGAGCUCGUCGUUCUCUGGCUCAAUCUUGAGACCCUCCUGCACACAGAGAUGGAAACGGGGAGACCUUUCUGGCGGAAGGAGUGGCGUGGGGCCAUGUGUUGGUUGCUGGCUGACUGACCUGGUAUGUGUGCAUGGCCUUGUUGUACUCCUUCAUGUAGUACUGACACUGGCCCUUCCGGAUGAUGGCCUUGACAAAGGUGGGAUCCAACGCGAGACACUUCUCGCAAUCCUGACAGACAGACAGACAGAUGCACACACGCGGGCCACAGUUGUCCGUCUCUCUCCCUCUCUCUCUCUCUCUCUGUGUGUGUGUGUGUGUGUGUCUGUGUGUCUGUGUGUGUGUGUGUGGUGCGUGACCUGGAGCGCUGAUGGGAAUUCCAUGAGCUUGAGCAGGGCGGCUGCUCGGUUGCUGUAGAGCUUGGCGUCCCUGGGGUUGCGCCGAAUGGCCUCGUCAUACUCUGUGUGACACACACACACCCGAACACACAGAGAGAAGUGGAUGUCGCCUCGUGUGUGGAUGGAUGGAUGGAUGGCGGCCUCUUUGUGUCUCUCACCUUUCUUGGCGGCAGGGUAGUCCAUCUGCUUCCAGUACUCAUUGCCCUUGGCUCGGUGCUGACACACACACGCACAUUCAGACAGCCCACGUCAUGUAAGUGAUGCUGGUGGCCACCCAGACACACGCAUUGAUACCUCCUCAGCCACUUCCGGGUUGAUGUACUGCUCAGCGUCAUACUUCUCCUUCAUCCGUUUGGCCUCCUGCAGGGCGGCGCGCGUCUGCUUCGUGUUGUCCUCCAUCAGGGACUUCUCGUACCUGACGGACAAACAAACAGAGGCACAGAGACAUACACCGAUGAAGGCAAGUCUAGAUGUUUGGGUGUGGUGUGAUGUGGUGUGGUGUGGUUACAUCUGGAUGGCGUCGUCGAACUGCUUCAUGCGCGUGUAGCAGGCCGCCAUGCGGUUGUAGACCUGACACACAAGGAAGCCGCCCACCGACACGUCCAUCCAUUCAUCCAUCCAUCUGGUGUGGUGUGGUGUGGAGAUCGUACCUUAGCGACUUUGGAGUAGUCUGCCUUGACCUCGUAUCUGAUGUCGAGGGCCUUCUGGCACUCCGCCAGACACCCCUCGUAGUCCUCCAUCUCCAAGUACACAGCUGCCCCACACACACAUUCACACACGCACACAGAGACACAGACACAUCUCCCUCCCUCUCUGUGCAUGAGUGUGUCCCCCACCCUCACUGACUGACCGGCCUUGUUGUUCCUGUAAGUGAUGUCGCUGGGGUUGACCUCCAUGGCCUUGCUGUGGCCUCGAGGGCCUCCUCGAACUGGCGGCUCUUGUACAGCGCGUUGCCCUUCUCCUUCCACUCAUCCGCCGCCUACACACACACGCGCGCGCCUUUACGCGUCCACUGCUCCCAUUCCCUUGUGCAUCCAUCCAUCCAUCCAACACACCUUUUCUUGGUCCGUCCUGUUGUCUGCAGGCGGCAUCGGCUCCUCUUUGGGCUUCGGCCUUUCGGCCUCGCGUGGGCGUGUCGGGGGCUCAGAGGGACAACCAUUGCCGAACUGACGACAGAACAAAACACGCGGAAGGCCAGGUCAUGUGUCGGCCCUCUUUGACCGGAUGUGCGCGUGUGUGUGUGUGUGUGUGUCUUACAGGUCCUUCUUUGGGGGGCUGCGCUGUCUGUGCAGCGAUGAGCACAUCCAGGAGGCGAGAGUCCUGCGUCAGCAGCUGGUUGAGCUUCGCCUGGUCUUUGCACUGCAUAAGCUGCUCCAGGCCGCUCAUGAAGGUCCGGUCCUCCACGUAGCCCUUGAAACGCUGACGACCACAGAGGCAGAAAGUAGCCGAUGUGUGUGGCCGUCCAUCCCUGACUCACCCACCUGGUCGCUGAGGGCGGCAAUGAUCUUUAUUGGGUCGAGUGAGAGCGUCUGCGUCUUUUCUGCACACACAAACCAUCACACACACAAUGAUCCAUCCAUCCAUCUGUUCCCCCGUCCGUCCGCCCACCCACCGCCUGACUGGCCGCCAGGAGGUGGUGGUCCUGGCCUGGCCCUCAU